AUGGUGCACCUGCAGGAGCUGCGCGAGCAGCUCCGCGACAUAUACACCAAGAAGGAUGACGAGCUCAGUUCGAGCGAGCCGUCCCAAGAGUUUGGUCCCAUUGCGGGCAACCGCGCCGCCCGGGCGCUGAGCAAACCGGUGAUCUUCGAUGGCGACGAGCUCGAACAAUUCGUGCAGCGCAAGGUCCAGGGCAAGGCCCAUGAUGCGCCGGCGCACGACCCGAGCAACGCGCGGCGGAAACUGCGGGCCGAAGCGUCGCGUCUGCAGCGCGAGCCGAUCGUCGAGCAGCGCAGGGCGUCGGGGCUGCCCGGCUCCGGCGCCACCCCCCCCGGCGCCGCCAAGUCGGGCUCGAGCAAGCAGCCCGCGGCCGGGGCGGGCUUCCUCGACAGCGACCACGGCAGCUCGAGCGUGCAGGACCUCGGCGCCCUGGCCGGCCGCAACGCCCCGCACUGGCCCUCGGACGGCAGCUCGCAGGGCGCCGCGGAGAGCCCGCGAGCGUCGGGCGAGUUUGACGAAGGCAACAUUCUGAGCUACCUCGAGGGCGCCGCGCUGGCCCGGCGGCCCUCGGAGCUCGAGCGCGAGGAGUACGGGACCCGGGAGUCGGGCGGCGAGAAGGCCCUGCAGGCGGGCGAGGGCGCGGCGGGCGGGCGGCGGCAGCUGCGGCGGCACAUCGCGCAGCAGACGGACGACUCGGACCUGGGGGAGAUUCGGACGCUGCAGGAGCGCGUGAAGCACCUGCAGGACGAGCUGGACGGCGCGGAGGAGGAGCUGCGGCGCGUGAAGGUGGAGGCGAUCGUGGGGAGCCACGAGCGGGCCGAGCGGGAGGUGGACGCGGUGGAGCAGCGGGCGCGCGACCACCUGGGCUUCACGGUCAAACAGCUGACGCGGCGGCUCGAGCGGCACCGCGCCGCGGAGGCCGUACGGCUGGAGCAGGCGCUCAAGACCCAGCGCGCGUCGCUGCUGUCGGGCCAGGAGGAUGCGUUCGCCAAGCUGCGCGACGAGAACUCGCGGCUGCUCCGGACGCACGCGCGGGAGGUGAAGGACAUGCGCAUCGCGAUCACCAACCGGGACCACCAGAUCACGACGCUGUCGGCGCAGGGCAAGGCGCUGGAGAACCAGGUGGCGGCGCUGAAGCAGACGCUGGAGGAGGGGCGGCUGGAGGAGCAGAUCGCGGAGCUGACGGAGCGCAUGACGAAGGCGGAGGCGGAGCGGGACCAGAUGCAGUCCCUGUGCCGGCGGAAGGACGACGAGAUCGUGGCGCUGGAGAGCAUGCGGCGGAGCCUGCAGAUCACGGUGGAGAAGCAGCGCGCGGACGCGGCGGCGGCGAAGGCGAAGCAGGCGGAGCGGAACAAGAAGCUGGUGGAGGACCACCUGCACCAGAUCCACGAGCUGCGGCGGGCGCUCGAAAUAGAGACGGAGGCGCGGAUGCGGCUGGAGCACGAGGCGCGCGACGCGACGGAGCGCGCGGCGGAGAUGAAGGAGCGGCUCGAGACGCAGGCCACCCGCUACACAGCCAACACAAAGCGCAUGUCGGCUGAGGUGCACAUGCUGCGGCACAAGAUGCAGAAGGAGAAGGAGCAGCACAAGCAGCGGCUCGACCGCAUGAAGCAGGCGCUCGCGUCCGCGGGGAACCUCGUGCAGCAGGACCCCGACGCCAUGUCGCACCGCUCGUCCUGGACCAUCGGGUCACGCAAAUCAGCGGUCAAGUUCAGCGAGGACGGUCUGUCGAAGCCGCCGUCGUCGAUGAUGCGGCGCCUGGGCUCCAUAUCGGGGAGCCACGGGCGGGACGCGAGCAGCACCGGGCGGCGCCCGUCCACGGGCGGCAGCAGCAUGCGGCACCGCAACGACGACGACGACUCCGACGUGGGGCGCUCGCUGUCGCGCCGCGCGCACAGCCGCAAGUCCAGCCGAAGCAUGCACAGCCAAAAGUCAAGGAAGAGCAUGCGCAGCAUCAAGAGCAGCAGGACGGCCGCGUCCCGCGCAGAGAGCGACGAGGACUCGGGCGACGGCCACCACCACCGCCGCGCGCAUUCACGGUCGCGGCACUCGCAUCGCUCCCGCCACUCGCACCGGUCGCGGCAUCGCGACGACGAGCGCUCCAGGCACGGCCGCGCGGACUCGGACCGCGAGGCUGCCAAGUCGCAGCACACGUCAGGGCGCGAGACCGGCGACGCGGACGACGGCGGCGUGCUGUACGAGGGGCGGCCGCCGCAGCCGUCGCGCGAUGCAGCGAGCAGCACCGGUCGCCGCGUGCGCAUCUCGGAGGGCAUGUACGGGGACCCUCUGGAGGACGACGCCCACCUCGACUUCAAGGACGGCGCGUCCAGCGCAGGGGACCCCCCUGCGCCGCAGGACCGGACCGCGGUGCCCUCGCGGACGGAGGCGGCGUCUCCAUCCCCCCCGCCGCCCGUCGCCGCGGAAGCGGCCCCGCCGCCACGUGGACAGGUGGACAGCCGCCGCGAGGACGCGAGCAAGGACGACACAGCGAGCCCGAGCAGGACGGAGACGGAGACGGCGACGGAGAGCCGCACAGGCACCGGGACGGGCACCGGGACGUUCACGGGCACGGGCACCGGCACGGGCACGGGCACGUUCACGGGCACGGAGACCACCGGCACGGGGAGGGCGCGGCGCGGCGGCGUGCAGCCCUCGCGCCUGCGCCCGCCCGGCUCGCUCGACACGGUGCACGACACCGACGUGGACUCGCGCGCCGGGGACUUCCCGGAGCUGGCCAUCGUGCCCCGGCGGCGCCGUCUCAGGCCGCUGGAUCCUGCCGCGCUCAAACCAAAGGUGUCCAAGGCGGACGCGGCGGUCCUGGCGCGCGUGGGCAUGCUGCCGCUGGCGCAGCGCAUGGCGCACGAGCCCGCCGCGCCGCACGAGUCGACGCUGAACGGCAGCGCGAACCUGGCGCGGGUGCAGGAGCAGUUGGCCAUGAUCAUGCAGGUGCAGGGGCUGAUGGCCGAGUACGGGAAGCGCCUGCGGAACGGGCCGCUGUUCGAGGACGUCCAGAAGCCGAUGCGGACGGUCAAGGCGUCGCCGCUGCGCGGCCGCCCGAAGCCUUCGGCGCCUGUGGCCCAGGCCACGCAGAAGGCCGCGGCCGAGGCCGGGCCCUCCGGCGCUGGCGGCGGCACCGAUGAGGCGGCGAAGGAGGAGGCGCAGCCCGCGAGGUCGUUCGCAGACGCUGCAUUCGUCGGCGGGCGGCAGCGGCAGCGGCAGCGGCGUGGCCCGGUGGAGCUGGCGCUGAUGGCGGCCGCGGCGCGCGCAAUUUCGGCGCGGGAGCCUUCCGAGAUGCACAACCCGGGGCAGCCGGUGGGCGGCGCGUUGCUCGCCAUGAACCCGGGCCUGCUACGGCUGGCGCCGGGAAUGGCCAAAGCGCGCGAGUCCAUGGCCCCGGACUUGGAAGAGGAGGUGUCGUGGCAGCAGUCCGAGCUGGACAUUGGCAAGGAGCAGUCGGUGUUCCUUGAGGGGGCGGUUCAGGAGCCGGACUUCGCGCCGAUUGAGUUCGGGACGGCCACUGGCGACGCGGGCGGGUUGCUGGAGGAGGUGGUGGAGGAGCCCGAGGAGGGCGACGAGGCUGCAGAGGUGUGA